AUGGGUAGCAAAAUCACUAACACGGUGUCAACGCAGUUGGUUUUCACAGAGAGGAAGAUAAGAAAGGGUAUUGAUUUGGUCGCUGUAGGUAAGAACAAGAAGACCAAGCGCAUUGCUUUGAGGAAGAAGCUUGCUGAAGGUUUGAAGCGUUUGGCCAAGUCAGAUCCUAUGGUUGUCUGUACCAUUGAGAAGUCUGGUGAGCAUAUUAUUGCUGGUGCUGGAGAACUCCACUUUGAGAUAUGCUUGAAGGACUUGCAAGAAGAUUUCAUGGGUGGUGCUGAAAUUAUAAAAUCAGAUCUAAUUGUAUCCUUUCGUGAGACUGUUCUUGAGAGGAGUCUGGUGAGCAUAUUAUUUGCCUGUUAUCGAAUCAUUUGGUUUCUUAAGUACCUUGAGAGCCUCAACUUAUGGACAAGCCUUUCCCCAUUGUGUGUUUGA